GGCUUCUGGAAUGGUUCUCCGUCAGAGUUCCGCAUGAGGGGCAUCCAUGACGGUCCAUAUGUCGCUGCCAGAUCGAACCGAACGAAGGUGAGCAAAGUUUCGGGCCAGACGAAUUGAUGGGGUAGCAGUUUUCUAUUAUUAAUACAUAAACAAGAAGUACACGGAGUGGGAAGAGACCAGCUGCUAUAAGUCUGGCCAUGGUCCCUUGAACCUUCGGGCAUCCCUCGACCUUUAUUCCCACUAUACCUCACAAUACCGACUACGAACCCCGCGACUUGAACCCCCGGAAUACUUGACAUACCUUAUACCACAACAUAAUCAUACACACGCACACAAUAUGAGUCGCGAGAUCACCACUUGGUACCUUAACGAGAGGCCCAAGGCCGACAUCGUCAAGGGCCAAACCUUCAAGGCCAAGAAGGAGCAAGCCCCCACGGCUGAGCAGUUGAAGGAUGGAGAGAUCUUGGUUGAGGCUCUUUACCUGUCCCUAGACCCUGCCAUGAGAGGAUGGCUGAACGACAUCCGCUCCUAUGUUCCCCCGGUCGCUAUCGGUGAAAAGAUGCGCGGCGCCGCCAUCAGCCGCGUUCUUGCCUCCAAGAGCUCCAAGGCUAAGGAGGGCGAUUUGGUGAACGCCAUGCUCGGUUGGACCGAGGUCGGUAUCGUGGACGAGAAGGCAUUUGAGGUCGUCGAGGUGCCCCAGAAUGGCAAGGUCACCGACGCUCUCGGUGUGCUAGGUUUGACUGGUCUCACGGCUUACUUUGGCCUUGACAAGAUCGGCAACGUACAGAAGGGCGACACCGUCGUUGUGUCUGGUGCUGCCGGUGCCACUGGUUCCGUGGUUGGGCAAAUCGCCAAGCUCAAGGGUGCCCGUGUUGUCGGUAUCGCUGGUUCCGACGAGAAGUGCGAAUGGCUGAAGAGGGAGCUCGGUUUCGACGCUGCGAUUAACUACAAGGCUGCUUCCUUCAAGAAGGACUUCGAGGCCGCCACGCCUGACUUCAUCAAUGUGUACUGGGACAAUGUUGGCGGUGAGAUUCUGGAGCUCGCCCUUAACCGUGCCGCUUUCCGAUCGAGGUUCAUCAUGUGCGGUAGCAUUUCUGGCUACAACUCGCCCGGCAAGGAGGGCAAGGGUAUUCGUAAUUUCUUCCAUAUUACUGCCCAGAGAAUCCGUAUGGAGGGUUUCAUUGUCUUUGACUAUGUGUCCGAGUACGCUCGGGCUCGCAAGGAGAUCAGCGGGUGGUUGAACGACGGCAAGCUCAAGCGCGAGGAGACGAUCGUUAAGGGCGGACUUGAGAAUGUCGAGACAGCGUGGGAGACAUUGUUCAGUGGAAAGAACACAGGCAAGCUCCUGCUGGAAGUUAAGCCAUAUGAGCAAAAGGUUGGUUCUAGGCUUUGAUUUCGGAGCGCGGUGCUGUCCCCUUACUAAGAUGAUGCUGACGUCGUGUCCAGUAAGGAAGGGAGAAAUAUUGGUCGGGUAAAUAAAAGCCGAUUGGUUGACAGCAAUGCACUCUGAUUCCGAACAUCUAUGAGAUAUGAAUUGCAUAAGGACUUAAAAUAAAGAUGAAAAUUGACUAAUUGACCAA